AUGCAAAUGUCCGCCUCACCGGAAGACGAGAAGUGCCCUACCAUGGUACCCGUGUGUCCCCCAGCGACCGCCCCCAAGGUCAUCGGACUAUACGGGGUGCCGGGGGCUGGCAAGACCUUUUUAAUGAACAGACUAAAAGAGCAGCUCGGGGAGGAGCGCUUUGCUUUUUUUGAAGGAUCUGAAGUCAUUGCCUCUGUAACUACCGGCGGGCUGGAUGCAUUCAAGAAGCUCGAUGAGUCUGAAAAAGCCGAGUAUCGCAAGCGGGCUGUCCAGAAGAUCAAAUCAACUUGCAGCAAGGCCAGGAAAGUUGGGAUUGUUACAGGCCACCUCAGCUUUUGGGACGACGAAAGAUGUGACCACCCCAUGAAGGUCGUCACUGAGGAUGACUUGGAUACCUUCACUCACAUUUUGUACCUCAAUACUCCGCUGCUUAUGAUUACAGAGCAACGAAAGAAGGAUACCGAGAGACUACGUCCAAUUGUGUCGGAGAGUCGUUUGUGUGCGUGGCAGAAUUACGAGAUAAAAGAGCUUUCUUCUCUUUGCAUGGAUAAAAACAUUAUGUUGGCUUAUCUUUGGUCCGGUUUGAGAUGUAAGCUGUCGACCUUCAUUCAUGACAUUGAAUGUCACGAUGAGGAAUAUAACAUGGCUGUUGCCAACGAUCGUUUGGACAAGAUCCUGUCCAACCAUAGCGACGACGUUCAGACUGUCCUGUUUCUUGAUGCGGACAAGACGCUCUCGGAAGACGACACCAGCGAAACCUUCUGGAAGAUGUUGGAAGAUCUUAAGGGCGCCCAUAAUCCGCUACGACGGCUCUUCAACAAGAUGGGGUAUUAA